AUGCCCGUGACAUACUUGGCUACUUGGAAGCUAUUUGCGUAUGUGAAGCAAGCCUGGCGCCGCGCCGGCCUAAAUUAUAUACUGGCAGGCGAUUUGGUGCGAGCUGAGCGUAGGGCUAACACCAUGACGUUGAAAAUGAAUUUCAACAAACACAGAAGUGAUGCAGUUCAUUGGUAUAUGCACGACUUGGCAUGCCGUGUGGUCGCUAAGUCGGGUAUUGCUACAGACAGGUAUCACGCGGGGAAACUAAUCCUGCAGAGUUUAAAAGAAGCACCUAAUCUUAUUUUGCAGAUUGACGGCGCUACUGGAGAAUCUGAAACAUGUCAAUGCGCUGUGGAGAGAUCAGUCCGGUGUGCAACUGCCUUUCGAAACGUAGGAUUAAAACUGAAUGAUGUUAUAAUUAUUAUGGCUCCUCUUAACAUUAAUCUAACUACUUCCAUGUAUGCUGCUUUCUACUUAGGGAUAGGUGUAGCUGGUGUGGACCCUUUGCUUGGUGUCAAGGAAUUAAAGGAUACAUUCCAAAUUUGUUUGCCAAAAAUGAUAUUUUGCCAAAGUGAAAAAGUGGCUGUCGUCGGGGAAGCUUUGAAACAUCAAAAAUUGGACGUGACAGUCGUUACAUACGACAAAGGGGACACUCAUUGCAGUUUUUCUGAGUUCCUGCAAAAAUAUGGGGAUAAUACACCAGUAGAUGAUUUCCAGCCGGCCAACAUUGACCCGGAAGAGGCAAUUUGUGCACUAAUAUCAACGAGUGGCACCACUGGAAUGCCAAAAUAUGCAGCCCUUACCCACAAAAACCUAAUGAUUGGGUUGCCUUACCUUUGGAUAAGAUUCCAUGAAUUUCCUACACCUACUCGAAUGGCUUUGAUUGUGUCUCCCGUGCAGUGGAUUUCGGCGACAAACAGUUUAGUUAUGUCGCCAAUACUAAAAUUUACACGCACAGUAGCACCAUUUGCAGAUGUCUACGCAGCAUAUGGAAUGAGCGAAAUUGCAACACUUGCUUUAGACCCAGUCAGCUAUAUACCAGGGUGCGUUGGACGGCCAUUAGGGCACGCAGAUUACCGCUUAGUUGAUCCUGGAACGGUAAAAGACGUUUUGGAACCCCACAAAACAGGCGAACUUUGGCUUAAAGGACCGAUAACUUUUAAGGGUUAUUAUAAUAAUCCUGAAAUGACAGCUGAAAUAUUCACAGAAGAUAAAUGGUUGAAGUCAGGUGAUCUUUUCUACAGGGACGAGAACUGGAACUUUUUCUUUGUCGAUCGCAUGAAACUGCUUCUUAAAUAUCGGAAUCACCAGAUAUCACCUACAGAAAUUGAAGAGGUUAUACGGACACACCCUGGCGUUUACGACGUUGUUGUGACCGGAAUACCGGAUGAAGAGUGUAGUGAACUGCCAGUAGCGUGUGUCGUGCCACAAAACAAUCAUACGCUUACUGUUCAAGAGAUUAAGGAUUUAGUUAAAAGUUCUCUUACUGACUCUAAACAAUUAAGGGGUGGAGUUAUUUUCAUGAAGGAACUUCCUUUAACAUCAACUUCAAAACCUAAUCGAGCUGCACUAAAAAGCAUCGUUAAGAACAUGAAGAGAGAAUAG